AACGCGAUCCGCUGCCGCGACUAGGAUUUUUCUUGUCCAUCUCAGACUGCCAUUUCCCUCAACAAUGCUUUUACGAUAUUGUCCAGCGUCCCGAUAGCGACUUGGAAUAUGCAAUGCUGUUCGAUUCUGAUCUGAUCCUACAUUGUUUAUUGCUUUUGCGAGGCCAUGCCAUUGGCCUCACAAUCCCUGGGAUACUUGAAUAGAGCAAGCCUCUUUCGAAAGCAACUGGAUCACCAGGUCAUUAGCCCUUCGCGACGUUGCCUCCUUACUUUCGCGCAGGCACGGAGUCCUGAGUCUUCUGGGGAAGCAAAGCGCUUUGCUCUUGAGUCGUCUUACCUGUCGACCUGUGCUCGAGGCCACCAAUCCGUCGCAUCAGCUUCCGCCCGCUACUUGACCGAGUAUCCCCGUAACCGAAAUGUUCGCGGUUCUCAGUCUACAAAUUCUACCGACGAGGAUCUUAACAUUUUGCCACAUCUCGCCGUAUUCGACAGAGAGGUAGACUCGUGCCGAGCGCUGCCGAAGACAGAAUCGAACGACCUCUCAACAUGGGCACUGCGUUUUUCCAAUGCGCAACGAUCGCAAGGAAAAGAUGGAAUCCUCCGCGUCUGGUCAGCCAUGGCGCAAUCGAAAGCCUUGUCCAAAGUGAAAGGGCCCGAGGCGGAAUGGAUAUGGACAACGAUACUGGAGGCUUCGCUCCCAAGCGACAGGCACCUGGAGCGCGUCAACAAGUAUGCACAAUGGAUGGUUGAAACGCAUACUGCUCACUGGCCGCACCUUUAUGAACGUGUUGUACUUUACUGCUUGCAACACCGACAAUACCGAAGAGCAUUUUUGUGGCACAUGCGUCUGGCAGCCGUCUUUGGCCCAGAUCAAGACAGCUUCUCAAAGCUCAUACGAUCACAGAUUGGGGAUCCCAGUCCAGCUGCCCAGAGCACCCUGCAUUCGAUAUAUAUAACAGGCCCGCACCGCAACAUGUACGACCUGAUAAUGCCUCAUCUCUACGAACUCGGCCUUUCCACACUCUGCAAUCAAUGGCGGGAAACCCUCUUGCGCUACCGAGAUGUGCCGAGGCCGAUAGUAGCAUCGCAGCCUUUCCUUCGCUUCUUCAUGAACUAUUACCCAAAUAAGGCGCUAUGUCUGGAGGAACAAGUUGUUGUUGGUCUAGUGCCAUCGGUCUCUCACCCAUCUAAGCAUGAAUCAUCAUUAUGGGAGGCUCUCUCCGCCGACCAUGAGCAAGGAAAGGGCGGAAAGGGCCUACGAUUCAACGAUGCCAUCGGCGCUCGAUGGUUCGCUAGCUCAUGGGUACCUCUUGAUUUCGCUGUCCACGCGGUUCACGGGCUAGGUGUCCGUGUUCUGGGUCCAUUGUCACUGCAGUCAAUUGCUCUCCGCGAGAAAACCGCCGCCUCCAUCCUUUCGCGACUAAGACAGCUCCAAAAUCUCAAUCUCAGUAUCGGUCACUCAACCUACGCUCUAGCAGUUCGGAGUUUUGCGGAGAGGGGAGACGACGAUAUGCUGUCCAUGUUGCUGGAAAGCGACAUUCACCCAGAGGUUUUCGACGACUUGGAAACUCAGCAGAGGAUACGUUGUGCGGCCAGAAACGAUGGUGACUGGCAAACAUACAAUCUCUUACUUGCUAUCCAACCUGCUGUCGCCCGGGACUCCAUCGAGACAACAUCUAACCAUCUUUUGCAAGAGCAUCUCAAACAACAGCACAAUCAGCGUGCCAUUGCCUUGCUCGACGAUAUGCGCGCAAUGGAUGUCAGUGUCACUCAUGCUACUAUGCAGGUAGUUCACGAACAUCUCGUGCGCGGGCUACCAAGGCACCGCAGCUCGUUCCCUGGAUCUGGUCGUCAGAUAUCCGAAAUCGUCGCCAUUGCCACAAGACUAGCAACGCGUCGAAAAUUCUUGUCAUCAGUGUUUUGGGAGAAGGCCCUUUUCCGACUUGGUGAGACUGGCCGUCUAGAUGAUUUGGAGCGCUUGGCGUCCGGUAUCGUGAGGCUUUAUCAGCUUCAUGCCGCAGACACGAGAGGCUUGAUUUCAAUCCACAGAUCGGAUUCCCCGAUGACCGCGCCCGAUGAUGCUUCGCUCGAUAUUCCGGCAGACUUGCCGCUCGCGCAUGACUGGCAUCCGAUUCGGAGGAUAUUCGUCAACCGUGUGCUUCAAGCAGCUAUCAUCCGGUGGGGCUUUCGAAACGGACUGAACAAAUCCCAAGGUUCUCUUCAAUCACAUAACACUGAAGCCACUAUUUCCAUGUUCUGGAUUGCUCGAGGUGUCCGGCUGCUUAGGGUCCUGCGAGAUCAAGGUAUUCCUAUCGAGGUCGCGUUGGUACGAGCGGAGGUUCUUCAUUGCAUUGCUCGUUAUUGCAUCCGCGGCCACAACGAGGCUGGGACUGAUGGUGCAGAGAAAACAGAUCUGGUCACCAUUCGAAAGCUUUUUAAUCAAGCCCAUGGUGGGCCUCUGCUGCCCGAACCUUUGGAGUUACGGGAUUUGGUUAACCAAGCCGAACGACAACUACCUGACAACACCAAAACUUUCAUAUCGAUACCCGACUGGGACAGGAAGAGACGGGCCAAACCCUUCAUAAUGUAA